GUCAAUUUCAAGCGUCCACACACGAGCAUUUUACUCAUACCGCCAUACCGGUUGAUGUGUCAUCGUUUAUGUAUGCUAUAUUGUCCAGCUGCACGUAUAAUAACUGCUACUGGUUUCUAUAUAUCAGACUAAACCUAGUGAUCGAUCGACAUCUCAAUUAUCUUUAAGACUUAAAUUCCUUAAAAUUUAAAAGAUAGUCAAGAUAUGGAUGAACAACUUUUUUUAGAAAACAACAAUGAUUACAGUGAUGUUGAAAUAAAUUAUAUUCAAUCGGAUCGUCAAAAUAUAAUAUUUCCAGGAUACAACAGAGAAGUUUUCACAGAACUAAUAAAUUGUAUUUCUAGCAAACGAAAAAAUGAUGUACUACAAUGUCAACAUUCUUCAAUUUGUACAAUGAAAGAUUUAUUAUAUGUAUUUAAUCCACGAACAUUGAUGAAUGAUACUUUAAUGGAACAUUAUUUUAGGCUUUUGGCUAAAAGUUGUACAAACCAAUUGAUAUUGAGCUUAGAACCAUUUUUUUUUAAUUGUCUAUUAAAUUGCGGGUUUGACAAAGCUACCAAAUCAAUAAGAGCCACAAUAAAAAAUGUAUUUGCUUAUGAUAAGCUUAUAAUUCCCACACAACUAGAGGGUAAUCACUGGAUCUUCAUUGUGGUGAAGAUUAAGAGUCGUAUCAUAACUUUGCACGAUAGCCUAAGAACAAGCUUUUAUGAAGAUCAAUUAUUUUUAUUAGUUGAAUAUUUGAAUGAAGCAUACAAUAAAUUUGAGAAUCCGGAUGAAGAACAACAAUUACAAUGGAAAUUAAACUUUGGGCAAUCCUCGUCGCAGAAUAAUACUUAUGAUUCUGGUGUAUUUACAUGCACUAAUGCCAGGCAUGUUUUACUUGGAAAACCAUUAUAUUACAUUGAAGAAGAUGCUCCACUAUUAAGACACAGAAUUACAUAUGAAAUCUUACAUGAUGUAUUGUUACCUACUCCUUAAUUAUUUUUUACCGAAUUUUCAUUUUGUAUUGUUUAUAAAAAUGUAAUAUAUUGUGUUAUAUUUAUUG